AUGGAGAGAACUCAAGGCCACUCUCAUCCUACGGGGACGAUCCAGUCGAUGGGAGACAUGUACCUGUUCACAGUGGAUGUGAGUGAAUACUCUCCAGAGGAUGUCAUCAUCACAUCGUCAAACAACCUUAUAGAAGUCUAUGCGGAGAAGCUAGCAGAGGAUGGCACGGUUAGGAACACUUUUGCCCACAAGUGCCAGUUGCCGGGGGAUGUGGAUCCCAUGUCUGUGACAACCUCAUUGGAAAACAGUGGUGGCUGUCUGACUCUGACUGUCAAAGCCAGAAGAAAUUAG